AUGGUCCUCACCCGCUCAGCUUCUGGUGUGGACGUGCCGCCGCCUCCGACUCCGUCUCGUUCGCGUGCCAGCACCCCGUCGACUGCCCGGAAGCCGUCGACCCGAAAGGUGACCCCUCGCCAGUCAACACUGGCCUCUUUGUCGCCUUCGCCUCCGUCUUCGCUACCACCUACACCUAUCGCUCCUCCCUCUCCUCCUGCUCACACCUCCGCCCCGCCUCUCUGGUCUCAUUCUCCCUCGGGCCUGGCCCUCUUCUGGCUCGCCGUCUCGCUGCCGCUCGUUAUCUGGGACUGUGGCUACGUCCUGCUGCGUCCCCAUUCGAUGCCCGGCGGCUCGCUGCACUGGCCCAUCUGGCAGCCGUACGCGCUUUACGGUGAGGUCGACCACGUCUACGGCCGCCGGCAGUGGGACGCCCACGACGGCUUUGGCGCCGCCCAGGCUGUGCUCAACGUCGUCGAGACCGCCCUCUACCUCGGCUACAUCGGGAUCUGGUCGCGCUGUCGCAAGACUGACAGCACGUCCGAUGGCGUCGUUCAGACCGUCCAGACCGUCGGUGGCCGGGCGGGUGCGCGUGCCCUGCUGAUGCUCUUUGCCGCCGCCGUCAUGACGCUCAGCAAGACCGUGCUGUACUGGCUUAACGAGUACUUUUCUGGCUUCGCCAACAUCGGCCACAACGACAUCGUCUCGCUCGUCUUCCUCUGGAUCAUUCCCAAUGGCCUCUGGAUCGUGUUCCCGGCCAUAAUGACUUACAAGACUGGUAGCGAGAUCGUCACCGCCCUGGCCGGUCUGCCUCGGCCGGACGCCAAGAAGGAGUAG